GGCUUGAAAGAAAUGUUGAGUGGUCGCACUUUGAUUGGAAUCAAGAGAAUGGGCGAGCUGGAUGAGAAACCAUUUCAAACUGCCUGCAAGCAGAGAUGCUCAAAAGAUAAUGCAGAUGUUAAUGCUAUCAUGUUGUGCUCUAAGUGGCAGGAUGAACUGAGAAAACCAGAAUGGCACCCAUUUAAAGUCAUCACUGUUGAUGGAAAGCCCCAGGAAAUCAUACAGGAGGAUGAUGAGAAAUUGCAAGCCUUGAAGGAGGAUCUGGGUGAUGAGGUAUACAAGGUUGUCACCACAGCACUGCUGGAGAUGAAUGAGUAUAAUCCCAGCGGUAGGUAUGUCAUCCCGGAAUUGUGGAACUUUAAGGAGGGCCGAAAAGCUACACUGAAAGAAGUUAUUCAAUAUAUAAUGAAGCAGUGGAAGACCCAUAAACGAAAAAGGUGAGGCCUCUUGAGCAUAUAUUUUUAAUAUGCUAGUCAUUCCCUUUUGAGGAAUGAACAGCUGUUCUUACUGUUCAAACCUAGAGGAGGAAAAUUUUUAAUUUGAUCAGCCUAUGUUGAUUGUGGAGACGAAGACAAGAAUUUGUGAAUUUCUUUCGAUACUUAUUUAGCAGCCAAUGAAAAGAAUGUAGAGAGAGACUGUUCUCUCUUUUUUUUAAUGUGUUGGAUUAUGAAUGCAGUUAAUUGAUGCUGUUCUGGUAGACAGAGUGUGAC